AAAAGAAAUCCUGAUACGCAAGUACAACUUUUAGGGGUGCAUGUAUUUGGGCUUAACGCAAUAGAUGUGGAGAAAGAACGCGAGAGAAAGAAUCAAUCUCAUCCUUUUAAACUAUUUAAUACAUUGUGCAAGUCCAUGAAAGAAAAACAUUCUCACGCAUUUUCAAAGCAAAUUGGUAUAGCCUUUAAAAAUGAAAUUCACAAAUUCUAUAAUCCAAUGAAUCAACCUAUUUUACAAGAACUUCGAUUUAAUGUUCAAGAAAAGAACUAA